UUGGCGCGUGCCGGGGGCGGCGGCGCUGUAGGAGGCCGAGGCCCAGACUCGCAAUGUCAGGGAGGCGAACGCGGUCCGGAGGGGCCGCUCGGCGCUCCGGACCCCUGUCCCCAUCUCCUACUAAGUCUCUGCGGAGGUCCCAGCGGAAAUCGGGCUCUGAUCUCCCGAGCAUCCUCCCGGAAAUCUGGCCGAAGGAACCUCAUCCCACUCCAAUCAGAAAGCCCAUCGUCUUGAAGAAGAUUGUGGCUCAUGCUGUAGAGGUCCCAGCUGUCCACUCGCCUCGCAGGAGCCCUAGGAUUGCUUUUUACUUGGAAAAAGAAAACAACCCUCCUAUCAGGGAGCCUACCAAGGAGGACCUUUUAAAGACGUGUGAUGUCCCCGCCACCCCAGCCAGCACUCCUGUGCACAUCCUGAAUGCCAAGUCCAGCUCCAAGGAUGGGGAGCUGGAUGCCAGAGACUUGGAAAUGUCUAAGAAAGUCAGGCGAUCCUACAGCCGACUAGAGACCCUUGCCUCUGCCUCCACCUCCACCCCGGGCCACCGGUCCUGCUUUGGCUUCGAGGGGCUGCUGGGCGCAGAAGGCUUAUCUGGAGUCUCACCUGUGGUGGGUUCAAAGUUCAUCGAGGCCCCCAGGGUCCCUGUGAAACCCUGGGCCCCAGACACGACUCUCCCUGGAAUCUCUCCUGUAGUUGUGAAACAGAAGCGAAAGAAGAAGAAGGUGCCAGAAAUCCUGAAGUCGGAGCUGGAUGAGUGGGCUGCGGCCAUGAAUGCCGAGUUUGAAGCUGCAGAGCAGUUUGAUCUCCUGGUUGAAUGAGAUGGCAGUG